CGACGCUGGCACACACAAAACAUGUUGUCGCCUUACCUAUUGCUUACCUGUUUCAUCGCAUUCUUGUCCGUUGGCAGUGAAACGUAUCGGCAACCGUUGCAUCUCGCAGAUCCAGACGCUACCCUUGAAACAGAUGCGUUUGCCGAGUAUUACACACAAGGAGAGGACGGUCCAAUCGGCCCACCAGUCUACUCAACACCUGAGGAACAGGAAGAGUUAGCCGAGUCCCGACACGACGGAGCGAGUGAUGCAGACGGACCUAUUGGACCACCUAUUCAUUCAGCAAUCGACGAUCACGUGGCUCUACCUCAAGGGCCAGCUCACGAUCAUCCAAUUAUGGGCAGAUUGUCUGAAUCGCUUCGCAAACAAUCUCGAUUCAACAAUCCAUGGUACAGAGCCGGACGCUACAUUGGAGAAAAGCUGAGGUUCUUCCAAUCUUAUUUCCCACUGACGGGACCGCCAGGUCCGACUGGACCUACUGGCCCCGCAGGACCGACAGGACCUACAGGUCCUACUGGAGCAACAGGGCCAACAGGAGCUACCGGACCUACGGGCCCUACAGGACCCACAGGGCCAUCAGGCAGUGACGGCCUUCCGGGUAUCCCUGGAUCUCCAGGCGCAGCCGGAGCAGCAGGUGCAGCCGGCGUGCCAGGAUCAGACGGUACUCCCGGUGUUCCAGGUGUGCCCGGCGCGGCCGGAGCUGCUGGCUCAGCCGGUGGAUCUUCUUCAUCAUCGUCUGGAGGUGGUGGGGGAGGUGGCGGUGGAGGUGGAUCUGCAACCGCCGACGCAGCAGCUUCCACCUCGUCCGGCUCUUCAGCUUCGUCUUCGUCGUCCUCGUCUUCAUCUUCCUCUUCAUCGUCGACUGCUGCCGCUGCGGCCGACGCCGUCGCCACUGCCACGGCAACAGCCACGGCCACGGCUUUCGACAUUGUCGAUUUGGCCAGGACGAUCGUCGAGGAAGCGUCGGACGUCAACGCCGUGGCUUUGGCUACUCGCAUCGUCGAUUUGGCUAACAGCAUCAUCGACGAUCCGAGCGAUUUGUCGGUCACAUCCGCCACGGCCACGCACAUCAUCCAACUGGCGGGCACGAUCGUUUCGGAUUCUACCGACCCGAUCGCCACGACGAACGCGGCCGACAUCAUCCAACUGGCGGCCGACAUCCAUCUGGUUGUCAACGACGCUCUGGCUCUAGUGGCUGCGGCUCAGGCCGAGGCCGAAGACGCCCGUCUUUCGGAUGAUGCUGAUGGUGGUGGUGGUGAUGAUUCCGGGGCAGGAGCUAAACCGGGUACUGGGGGUAAGCCGGGUGUUGGAAGUGCACCGGGAUCACCCGGCUUACCUGGUUCGUCGGGUCCUUCGGCACCGAGUUCAUCGUCCGCCCCGGCAAAGAAACCCGCCCCACCACCUGCGAAACGUCCGACGGUGUCAAAGAAACCGAGUUCGUCCAACAAGAAACCGAUACCGGCGAAAAAACCGGCUCCUUCGGUUCGCCCCGCGCCUCUAAGUCACUCGACUCCAUUGAGUCCCCCCGCUCCUUUAGGACGACCCGGUCCACCUGGUCCACCUCUCGUUAAUUUCCUCUGAUUUCGUGUGUUUCCCCGCGGUCUAUCUAUUUGGAAGUGAGAAAAAAAAUAUUAUUUAUAUAACGUCCAACUUGUUUAAAAUGAAAGGUAAAUUAUCUAUAAUUGUGAUGGUUGAAACUGAACGGUGCAGUUCAAAUGAUUGGGCUUUCCUCUACGACAGCACAAGUGUAGCUGAACAACUGAGGCAAAACAAACUUGGCUGACUGUUACCCUUUUUUUUCUUUCAAAAAUGCAUAAUUAUUAUAGCAGGUGUGUGUGAAUGUGAUUGAAAGACCAAAUUUCGUUGGUCCGUAUUAUUUAAAAAUGUCAAAUCAAAGCUCAAUCGUUUGAAUGGCACAAUGCCUCUAUUCUCUCUCUCUCUCUCUAAAAAUAGCGAUGAUAUUAUACAUAUAGCGCAAUGAUUGCAGUAUAAUAAUAUACGCCCUGUUUUGUUA